AUGCGUUUGAUGGCUUCCUCUGCUGCUCCCCACGUCGGUGGCAGGGUCGGGGCAAGGUGGAGAUGGACGAAGCUACUGCCCCUCCUAGUGGCGAUGGUGGUGGUAGGUGAGAUCUGCUUCCUUGGCCGGCUGGACGUAGCCAAGAACGCUGCUAUAGUCCAAAGCUGGACUACCUCCUACAUCGCUUCCUUACCAAUGCCCUCUUCCAAGAGGUCCGAUGUCGGCAAGGAGGAAGAAAACUGUAGGGAAUGGUUGGAAAGAAUGGAUGCGGUCCAGUACAAGAGAGAUUUUCGGGUGGAACCCGUUCUGGUCUCUGACGCUGAGCAGGUUGGUAUUUCUCCCUCACCAUUGAACUUGUUCAUCGUCCGUGGCAAUUAUCCUAUAACUUGCAUGCGCCAGGCAGAGAAGAAAAUAAGAAAUAAGAAACUUAGGAUCGGAGGACAAAUCUCUUCCCCUAUGAAAUGCCUACCUUUUAGGUGCCCGUUGGACGCCAAUUUCUCUUCUUUUCUGGCAGGGCGUCUCUGUAGAAUCUCUUUUGUUCAUUUUACUAGUGAGUGAUAAUAAAACGGUGACUAUUAUCUUCUGUGGGGUACUGAACUUUAUAAGAAGUACCAAGUUCCGAUUCCUGAGGAUGUACCAAGUUCCUCAUCUGUCGUUGAUCUAAUUUUAAUCAUGUAAUUGCCAAUGAUCCUUUUUUGCUUGUGGUAAUUACGUAUGCAAACUUGGCUGAGGUUGCUUCUGCGGUUCCGUAUCACUGUCUCGGAUAAUAAUAGGGAUUAGUAACAGAGGAUUAACUUUCAUUUCCAGUUUGUGUCUUGUGUAUUGACAUGCUGUGGGAUAGGCGCCCUUAUAUGGGGGAAAGUCGUUGUCUAGUUAUCCUUUCUUGUUGGUAACAGAUGGGUUUUUGUUCUCUUAUGGACGUUUUCGUAAUGUUCCCUUUAAAGCUUUAAUUAAGGGGACUCUUUUUUGGUUUAAUUUUUGAUUUCUUUUUUUUAGGUAUUCUGUCAUAAUAGGUGAUAGGUGGGACUACUCCACAUUUUCUAUUAAAAAAAAUAUCAAAGGAGGGCACUAGAUGUUAUGACAAUUCGUUGGGAAAUGCUUCAAGCUUGGGUGUAUGACAUUCUAUUUUUUCAUCGAAAGGAGCAUGCAGAUAUGUAAUAAAAUUCCAACUUUUGAUUCAGAAGAAUUAAAUCAGAUUAAUGUUUAAUAUGUGCCAAAUUUUUGGUAUCAUUAUCAAAUUUUUGGUUGCCAAAUUCCAACUUUUGACAUCAUUCUUGCUUUGGUCUUGCGUUAUUGGCUUUAUUACAAAUACACUUGAUUGAAAAUAAAUUUCCUUUUAACACUAAUACUGAAUUGGAUCUAUAAUUUUAACCUUCCCAUUCGUCAUGAAAAACAGUAAACUAAUAAGAUCUGAUAGAGCUAAGAAUCAAGAUGAAUACCAUUUAUAUGAGUCUUUCAAGGGCAUGUUUUAGGAGAGUUUAUCCGGUAAGAUCAUUAACAGAUGCCUUCGCAGUAUAGAGCCCCUUUAUUACACGCUUUAUUUUCAUAUGGGAAACUGUGCCUAAAAGAAACAGAGAUGAGCAUCCUUUUUCAUUGCUAGCACAAAGUAUUCGUGCCUUGAAAUGCUUUCAGUUAUGCUCAUGUAUUUCUUAAGUGGUGAAACCUUUGCUGCAUGACAUUAUAACUUAAGCAAUUAUUGGGGGGGGGGUUUCUUAAGGAUAUUCACAAGUAUCAGCACAGUUAUGAAAUUAGUAUUUUAAUUUUAUUGCAGUUUAUGUUUUUGGAAGGGCUAUGGAGAUAAAUAAUGCCUUGUAUUUCAGGAUUGGAGUUCAUGUUCUGUAGGCUGUAAGUUUGGAAAACAAUCUGACAGGAAGUCUGAUGCUACAUUUGGUAUUUCUCAUGAUCCAUUGACAUUCAGUGUCCACCGAUCCAUGGAAUCAUCACACUAUUAUUUGGAAAAUAAUCUUGAAAAUGCACGACGGUGGGUAAGCAUACUUUGAAUUUUUUAUGCUUUUAGUAUGCAGGCCUCACAAUUUUGCCUUGCAAACUUUCAGAUUUUCAUCUGAACAGAAUUGAUUCCCUGAACACUGAAAUUUUUUGGGUACCCAUGCAUGAGGUAUAAACUGAUGAUGGAUAAUUAUAAAAACCAUUGGUUUAAUGAAUAGCUUCACAAAAUGAAUCUUCGUGUUGUAGUUAAAAAAGUUCCUGUAGAAGAAAUCAAAAAUUAUAUUUAAUAGAUUUAGAGCAAAGAUGCUAAUUGUGCUCUGUGUUAAAGCCACACCACGUAGUUCGUGUAAAAGAGAUAUCAUGACUACCAAAUGUGUAUGACGUCUUGAAUUUGGAGCUGCAAUCUUCUUCUUGAUAUUUAAUAAUAUUAAAAUAAAUGGACUAUGUUUUUUUUGAAAAGGUUGGUACCUUGGAAUCCUAAAAUAAUAAAGAAGUAUGCACAAUUAUGUGAUGUUUUACCUGUCAAACUCCUGCCAAUUGAUGUAGCCUUGCACUGUCAUUGUGUUUAGGCUAAAACUGAAGACCUAUCUAUCCCCGAGUAAUAUAGAGUGAAUGUUAUUCCGGAUAAUCACUGUAGCACCAAAACGCUAACAUCCUGUUGUAAAAUGUCCAUCAUGGAGAUCAUUCAAUUUAUGUUGAAGGGAUCAUCUACAGAAAAUCUGAUCAAUUGUCAAUGAUGUCUUAUGAUCGUUUAACUUCUAAAAUUUGUUUUAGUUUUUCCCUUCUAGAUGGGCCAUAGUGAUGUUUAUGGGAAAAAACCACCGUUCUGGAUAUUGAUUUGUAUGAUAGAAGUUAGUCCGUCCAUCACACCUGAAUGGAUAUCUCUAAGCUUUUUUCAGGUUACUUUGAUGAGUCCAUUAUUUAUCAACAGAUGAUCAAAACAUUCAUGUUUCAAAGCACAUAAUAUGUAUUUACUCUUCAUUGAUUGACUGGACUUUUCAGUCUGUCCUACGUGGGAAACCUAUUUAAUAGAAAUUUAUAUGAAAAAUAAUUUGAUUUUUUUCACAUAGGCGUCCUUGACAGUCCUUUUCUUGGAAUGUAUGACUGAUACAGCAGAAUGCUUUGAUUAACAUAAACUUUUCACUUUUUCCUUAAACUGCCUACCGAACCCACUGAUCUUCCUAAAAAGUCUUGGUUUCCCAUUCCUAAGCUGAAGGAACGACCGUGAUUAGCAAAUCGUGAUAAGUUUCCGUCACAUGGAUUAAAGGGAGGCCUCUGCAACUAGCGUAGAUGUUUCAAUUAGAACAUUUAUGGUAUUAUUUUCUUUUAGCAAUCUCAGCUCUGGGGAUUUUAUUUUCGUGUUGUUCUCCUACUCAUAUGAUUACAAUGGCUUUAUUGGAAGGGUCAUGCUUAUUUACCUCAAUAAAUUUUAAUUCUUACCCUAGCUGACUUUAUCAUAAUUAAGUUUUAACCCCAACUUUAUGCAGAGGGAACAUAUGACAAACUCAUUCAUGGAAUUUGGAGUUGUAGUGGGUAGCUGAAUCUAUUGAUUUGCCAACUUGAUCCGGUCCAGGGAAAAGCUCAAUUUAGUUAUUAAAUGAAAAAAAAACUGUAGCAGUUUAUAAGUGUAUACAUUAAUACAUUAAGUGAAAGGCCAAAACCAAAAUAAAUAUGUAAUGAUGCUUUAAGUGAAUUUCGCAUUAUUAUUUCAAAACCAGCCUUCUUGGUGCCCCUAAAAUCUUGAUCAGGGGCCCUCUGUCAUUUUUGGAGCGGAUGGAGCAGUAGGGGGCUUGUCUAGUGGGCGUUCUAUGGAAAUGAUAAAGUAUUUUUUGUUCUUCUUUAUAUUUUCUUGCUUUCAGAAUGCAGACAAAUAUCCAAACGAGUAUCUACUGCUGCCUUGGAGAGUGCAGAUUGUACUUAUUCUAUUGAAAAUUUGACCUUUCUACCCACUGUUAGAAAUUUCUGACUUCAAUAAUGGGUUCUGAUGGUUUAAUCUUUGGGAGGAAGUUCUAGAUGUUUAGUAGGAAAUUCAGCACAUUUAUGACUUAUCAUAUGAGCAAUCUGUUUUUCCCUUAAGCUUUGUUAAACAGUUCCCCAGGUUUCGAAUGAGUAUUGCCCCAUGCCAUCACAUAGUGAAAUUAGAAAAUCUGAUCUGCAGGCAUACUAAGUCCAAUUAUCACAUCUUUACUUGAAUUCAGGUGGAAUAAAAGGUUACUUUUCUUAAACAUAUCCAGCUCAUUGGUGGUGGCCAUUCUAUAAGUGGCCCUGAAGCCUGUGUAUGGCCCCUCUGCAGUGGGGAUAAGCUGCUGGUGAAUAUUGAGGACAGUGCUGGCUUCCUUCAAUAAGAAAUAGGACGCUAUUAACAUUGAAUGCUGUCUAUAGAGGAAAUUAUUAUCCUCCAGGAACUCAAACUACCAGUGUAUGGCCCCCAUUCAGAAGGUAUCGACUCCCAUUUUCUCUCAAAGCCACGGGUUUGAGAGUUUCCUCACAUGGCCCGUGAGAGGGAGCUACCCAUGAUGUUCCUUAAGGUCACAAACUCUCUCUCUCAGAUAUUAUAGUUGUGGAUAGUCUGUGUAAUGUACCAGGAAGACCAGCAACCUCAAUGAGGCCUAAAAUAGGCCAUUCUUAUGAAAGAAACUUAAUGAAAGAGACUCCUCUUAAAGAUUUAAGUUGUGUAUCCGAGGUUAAAUUAAAAUCUCAAGAAUUGAAGUCAAAUAGAGUCUUCUAGUUUUCGAAAGUUAGGUGAUCCUGUUUCCACUGGGCUAAUUAAAAAAAUUGGGAGACUUGGAGACCUUUCCUAAGUGUCUCUUAGGUGACUUAUUGUAGCAGUACCAAUGAAAAUUUCUGGACACUAGUAGAAGUGCUAACAAUGGGGAAUUAUAGAGAGUCCGUGAAACUCUUUUGCAGAAUUCUGUCUGGUUUUCAAAAUUGUCAAGUGAUCAUAGUUUGUCUCCCUCUCUAACUGAUUGCUACUCGUCUUCUAAGUCUUCCCCCUGCCACUAGAUCUGGCUGCUGCCAUCCAACUCAUGGUUGUCCACGUCCGUUUGUCAGAAUUUUCUCCAUUUUUGAGUCUCCUUUUGUCGUUGAGGAUCUUCUGCGUCUUCAUUUGGUCGUAUCAUAUUCUUGUUCCGUGCCUUCGUUUUGCAUUGACCUUGGUUUCCAUAAUCUGUUCCUUCUGACCUCUUUCUCAUGUGUUCUUCUUCUGUUCUUAGGUCUUCUAGUUACAUCAGUUUUUUUGCAGAUAUUUGAGAGGUUCUCAUAGUCUACGUGGUAGUUGCAGAACUUCGUGGUGCUCUUCAAGUUUUCAUACUCAGUAGAUGGCCAUUUUACCUUGUUUAGGGAAACCCUUCUGGUCUAAGUCCUUCACAAAGCUUAUCAUGAUAUCUUUCAUAUGGAUUCCUAUGGAUAGGCAAAUUCCUGCAUUGAUCUCCAUAAAUUGAAAUAACUUUAGAUUAAUAAUUUAUUUUGUCAGAUAUCUAUUUUAUAGUAAUACUGCUAUUGUUUACCUUACCAUUGAAGGCCUACCUCUUGUUCUCUCUGUCAAUGUUAUGUCAACAGUUACUGCUUUCCUACAGGCAAUCUAGUUCAUGCAGUUCCUCUAUAGUUGAACCUGGAAAUCCUUGUGGAUUCGGUGUUGCAAAUUCUCUGUCUAUACACUGCUAAUCGUUUUAUUUUGUUGUUUGUCAGUGUGUGCUGCAUGAUAUUGAACACUUCUCUUUGCCAACCGAUUAUAACUUUGCAAUGAUGUGAGCUUCAGUGUCCAGACACAAUGAAAAAAAUGAAUGCAUUUCAGACUUUGUUUUCAGAUGUAUAUCGAACUUUAUAGUUAACAUCUAUAAAUUUAAUGCAUAAUUUUGAUAUAAAUAUAUUUUGGAGAUAUACUUUGAUAACACAUCUAGUUGGAAACUGAUCAACUUUUCUUGCGUUUUGUUUCACAGGAAAGGCUAUGGGAUUGUGAUGACCACUAGUCUCUUGUCGGAUGUGCCUGUUGGUUAUUUUUCAUGGGCUGAAUAUGAUUUAAUGGCGCCUCUUCAACCAAAACCAGAAGAUGCAUUUGCUGCUGCUUUUAUAUCUAAUUGUGGAGCCCGUAAUUUCCGCUUGCAGGCCCUUGAAUUGCUCGAAAAGUCAAAUAUUAAGAUAGAUUCUUAUGGUGCUUGUCAUCGCAACCGAGAUGGUAAAGGUAUAUUGGAAUAUUAUUGCAUCACUUGUAGUUGGUUUAUGGAUUUUUUAGUCUUAUUUCUUGGCAGGGUAUUUGCCGAGCAUAAAUACGAACAUUAAAGCAUACCUACGUCAUUAAUAUGACAAAUCAUAUGGAUCACACGUCCUUGGAUAAGGUGUCGUGUAUAACGUGCAUAACCGAUAUUUAUGUUAGUUGUUGCUGCUACUUUCAUGCAUUAAACUGUUGUUCAAAGUUUAUUGGGCAGAAUGCAAUUGUCUGUUGCCUGAUAAGAUGGAUGUAAUAUUUUUUGGAAAUGUUGUCUCAAGAAAUAAGUUCUGAGAGCUCCAGAACUGGUGUAGUUGGAUUUUUGGUGCAGAUUCUCGUAAGUAUGUUCUGAAAAAGCUUGAUGAUGCAUGUUCUGUUUAAGCCUUCAAGACAUUAAGGACACUCUCGUGGGAUUUUUUAUGCAUUUUUGAUAUUUUGAAUUUCAGAUUCAGCAAAGUGUGCCAGGUGAGCUGUGAUGUAUUUUGUUCCUGGUAUAGUUAUGACGUUGCGAGAAUGAGCCAAACUUUUGAGGGUGGGCGUUGGUGAUAGUAGCACAGAAAUUUCUUGGCGUAUGUCCUGUCGGUGCACACUUGUUAAGUUCGUGUGGAUGCAGUAUAUUUGGGAUCUACAGAGCAUGAGUUUCUAUAGUAGUUUGGGAAAUUGUCUUGCAGUUCAUUUGCACUUCUAUGCUAGUAGAAUUAAGGCCUGCAUUUUAGUUGAGUAUAGGUGUUACAUGACCCUUUUUGAUAAGACAUUAAGAGGUCAGAUUUCCAUCUUGUGGAGGCUGAGAAUUAGAUAGCACUUGUUAUGGAGAGCAUAUAAACCGGAGAAAUUCUCGCUGGAGUCAAACUCGAGUAUUCUCUGCAUGUAGGUUAAUAAGUAGGCUCUAAAUAAGGUAGUAUUUUACCUGAAAUCAUGGAUUGAACUUUUUUAAAUAUGAUCUAUGUGAGCAUUUCAUAUUUCUGUAAUGAGACAAAAGGCACUACGUUGAUAUAAAUAUCCAUAUCAAAUGGUAGAUGUCCUGUCAUAUUUAUUUAUUUUAAUUUUCUCCAUCCCUUUACCUUUUUUUUAACAUCUUUUAUCUAACAGUGGACAAGGUACAAACUUUGAAGCGCUAUAAGUUCAGUUUAGCUUUUGAAAAUUCGAAUGAAGAUGACUAUGUCACUGAGAAGUACUUUCAAUCACUUGUUGCUGGUAAGUUGGGUCUGAUUUUCUUUACAGGAGCUAAAUUAUCUUUAUCAAUAGUGUUUUAUUAUGGGGUUCGUUUUUCUGCCUGAUAUUCAGAUUUCUUAAAAUAUGGUCUUUGGUUGAAAUUUUGAACUGGUUUGUACAUCUUAUAACUAUAUUCACUUUUCUACGAUUCUUAUUGAACACUACUUCCGUUUUAAUGUACUUUCAGGAGCAAUUCCUGUUGUCGUUGGUGCUCCCAACAUUCAAGAUUUCGCGCCAUCUCCUGGUUCAAUUUUACACAUCAGGGAGCUGAAGGAUGUUGAUUUAAUUGCUGCGAGAAUGAAAUUUCUUGCUGCAAAUCCGGAAGCAUAUAACCAGUCACUGAGGUUUAUUUCCCAUCUCAUUCGUAUAUCACUGGUUAGAGAUGAUGGUCAAUCAAAUAAACUCAGCACACAGCAAAAAAUGAACUGCCUUCCAGAAGGGGUUUUCUAAAAUCUUGCUGCUCCCAUUGCCUUCCAUAGGUGUAUCAGUUCAAGUAUCUUAUGCACAAAAGUUCAAUUCCAAUUCCAAGAUUGUAGUGAAUUGGAAUUGAAAUGUUCAUGAUUUGUUGAAUUUCAUUACGACUUGAGUAGACAUUUUUUGAUGACUUAGUUGAGAUUCUUGGAAUUCGUCCCGUUGCUUUCGAGGUUGAGUCUAAUUAUGUAAGCUAUACUCAUGCUAAGUCCUCAUGAUACUAUAAAUAAUAAUGUAGAGUUUUUGUCUUUUACAAUACCACAAAUGGCUCUCAUCCAUUGGUUUAAUGGUACAUUAACUGGCGCUUCUUAGGCUUAUUUAGUUGGUAUGAUGUUUGAAAGUGAAAUUUCCCGUUAAGAUUUUCUAGGGAGGAGAUUUUUCACUGGCUAAGCAGGACUAGGUAGGUUACUGCAUUAUUCAAUGGUGACGAUAGGGGGAUCUGUUGAAAUUAUAAGUGACUUUUUAAGUGAGACUACUUACAACAUUGCUCAUUUGACAUAUUAAGAACAAGUGAAGUUUGACAUGCGACCCCUAAAUUUAUAGGUUGGGGGUUGUUGACCUUUGCUUGUGACCCAGUGAGAUUUAAAUGACGAUUAUGGCAGUGUUGAUUCGAGAUAUAUGUAGACUAUGAAGGGUGCUAACCCUAAUUUUCUUGGUUAAGAAUUAGAAACAUUUUCUUGUGGUCUAGCAUCAUGGAGGUCGUCAAUUUUCUUCAAAGAUGAUGAAUAGUGCGGUGGAGGUUCAAGGAAAGUCUAGCCGAAGACUUGAAAGAAACGGAUCAGUCAGAUGGUAGAAAAGGAGCUAAGAUGUAACCUAAUGCUCCGAUCUCAUGAGAUUAAAUAGUGCUGAAGGGACAAGAGACGGCAACAGUUUUUUCUUGAGUUUCCUGAAAUGUAAUUCCUUCUAGGGGUGAAACAGAACUGGAAUGGAGGGAAAAUUUCCCCUAGUCUGUUACAACGAAUACAAAAGUUAUCAUAUACGUUGAACUGUUGAUGUAUUUUAUUGAUUCAAAACAUGGCCAAUUUCGCUCCUUGUGCAUCGGAGUAUGGAGUUUGUUAUGGUAUCAUGUAAUUCCUUGAUCGACUUGUGCGACCACUUAGUUCUUGGAAUGCUGUAUAAAAAUAGUUUUUCAUUAUUAUUCUUGUUUAUGAUCUUUCCAUUUGAGUUAUUUGGCCAGAACGACUUCCAGUUAAUAAAGGAAGUCAGUUUGCUUAGAAUAAUGAAGAUCGGAUGCUGGUGUCGGUGGUUGGGGAGAUGGCAGUAUACUCUUUUGAACGGAUAGGGGACGAGAAGUGGAUGGCUGUGGUGUAGUAGCUAGGCAUGGCUAUUGUGAUUAUUAAGGCCUAGAAUCAAAACUCUUGUUGCAAAUGAUAUUUCUUUAUAUCCGUCUUCUGCUGGUGCCUUUGUCCAUGCUUGUAGCGUUUUUUAUUAUUUAUCUGCUCUCAGAUAUUUUCUGUCAUUGCGUAAAAUACUUGGGCUAAUCUGUAGGAGCUACGUCAGUUAUUUUAUGGAAGACAAUCCUCUGCUUUCUAACUUACUAACGAAGGUUGACACUUCACCAACACAGAGGUUGACAUAGGGUUCUUCGUUGACUGGCAUACGCUGUCAUUCUGUGGGAGUUUCCAAGAUCCCCGAACCUGUUCUCAAUUGAUCGAGUGUGGUGCUGUUAUUGCUUGUUAAUACAAAAGUAAGCUGUAUGGCAAACCUAGAGCAGAUCAGAUAUUCAGUUUUCCUUAAAACAGAAUGAAGAUUUCAAUAUUGUGAUUUUUCUCGAUUGCAUAAGAACAGUGGCUCUUUAGGGAAGUCACUGGUGAAUAAUGUCACUCUGUUUCCGCUGUUCCCAAACCGCUGUUCCAAGGAAAGCUGAAUAAAGAUGAAGAGAAGCCUCCAGAGGGCUUAUCUUGCUGAACACUUUGACAGAUUCGUUUGGUAUUUUCUUCCCUGAUUUUGGGAAAGAUGGCAAUCUCAUUUGAAAUUGAAAAUCGAGGUUUGUUUUUCCAGAGAGAUAAUAUACUGCAAUCAUGAACCGUUGCUUUCGAACUUCCCCAGAUCCUACAAAAGGUUUUAGUAGAUUUAGGGUAUCUAAAACUGAAGAUCGUUGAAAGAAUGGGGUUAUGAGUCAGGCCUCUCUGCAAAAACACUUCUGUUCUUCUGGAUCUUGUACGCAUCUAUCAGACAGGAUUACUCUUAUAAGCUAGACAAACUUCUUCUUUCUGCUUUCCGGGUCGUCGAAUGAUGCGUUCGGCUAUCUAAAAGGAUGUGUCUUUCAGGUGGAAGUUCGUGGGCCCUUCUGCUUCCUUCAAGGCCCUCGUGGACAUGGCAGCAGUGCACUCUUCUUGCCGUCUCUGCGUUCACAUUGCAACGAAGAUCCGAGAGAAGGAAGAGCUGAGCCCCGAUUUCAAGAGGCGCCCAUGCAAGUGCACCCGCAAGGGGGCUACUCUGUAUCACUUAUAUGCCAGGGAAAGAGGAACGUUUGACAUGGAAUCGAUCUUCCUUCGGUAUGCGCCGCGAGUUCCUUCUGUUCUGGGCCCGUCACAGCCUUUUUAUCGGAGAUAUUCUUUCUGAAUGGUUUUGAUGAUCCUACACAUUUCUCUUGAUCCUUUCCCAUUCAACUCUCCAAGUCGUCUUAAUCCAUCUCAGUUCAAACGCUCCUGCUGAUCUUGGUUUCUCUUGUGAUGGUGACAGAUCGGAUAAUCUGACCUUGGAAUCAUUGGAGUCAGCAGUCCUCGAGAAAUUUGGGUCACUCAAGUACGUGCCCAUCUGGAAGAAGGAGAGGCCAGAGAGUCUGAAGGGAGGAAGGGAGCUGGUGGUUUACAGAAUCUAUCCGGUGGGCAUCACCCAGAGAGAAGCGCUGUACUCGUUCCGGUUCAAGACAGAUGAUGAGCUCAGAAGACACGUCGAAACGAACCCCUGCGCAAAGCUCGAGGUUAUCUUUGUCUGA